UCCCCUUCCCCUGACUUCCCCGCCCACCGCCUCGCGGCUCUGUGGCGCGCGAGCUCCGUCCUUAGAGGUGGGGUUUCCUGCGCUGGGUGUGGCACUGGCCGCGUUGUGUCGUUAAAUCGAGCCGCCGAGAAGGUUUUGCGGACGCCGUGGGUUCUCUAAAAGCGCCGAAUACCGCAAACGCGCGGUCCCCGCACAACCCCCCACGUUUCCACCCGCUGCUGAAGCUCCGUGCCGCCCAUGUGGCUCCGCGCAGCAAACACGAGGCACUUCUAGCAGGAGGGAUAAAGUCUACAUGUUGAAUUAUGGGACUGCUACAGCUUCUCAAGUCUCAGUUCCUGUGUCACCUCCUCAUCUGCUACGUCUUCCUGGUCAGCGGCCUCAUCGUCAACCUGCUCCAGGUGUUCACCCUGCCGCUGUUCCGUAUCCACAAGCAGCUCGCCCGACGAAUCAACUGCCGCCUGGGCUAUGCCAUAUCGAGCCAGAUGGUAGCGCUGCUCGAGUGGUGGUCUGGAACGGACUGCGUCCUUUACUCGGAUCCGCAAAGCGCCAAGCUCUAUGGCAAAGAGAAUGCCAUAGUUGUCCUCAACCACAACUUUGAAAUUGACUUCCUGUGCGGGUGGACCUUCUGCGAGCGAUACGGUGUCCUUGGGAGCUCCAAAGUUUUGGCGAAAAAGGAGCUGGCCUAUGUUCCCCUGAUUGGCUGGAUGUGGUACUUCCUGGAGAUCGUCUUCUGCAAGAGGAGAUGGGAGGAGGAUCGCACGACGGUGGUGCAGAGUCUCCGGAAGCUGCGCGACUACCCCGAGAACUUCUGGUUUCUCCUGCACUGCGAGGGCACGCGCUUCACGGAGAAGAAGCACCGGGUCAGCAUGCAGGUGGCUGAGAGCAAGGGCCUGCCCAAGCUCAAGCACCACCUGCUGCCCCGCACAAAGGGCUUCUGCGUCACCGUCCAGAGCCUCAGGGGAACUGUCAGCGCUGUGUACGAUUCUACACUUAAUUUCAGAAACAACGAGACUCCAACUCUGCUGGGAGUUCUCAACGGGAAAAAGUAUCACGCGGAUCUAUAUGUGAGGAGAAUUCCUCUGGACUCCAUUCCAGAUGAUGAGGCAGGGUGUGCCGCCUGGUUGCACAAGCUCUACCAGGAGAAGGACCAGUUCCAGGAACAGUAUUAUCAGACGGGCCGCUUCCCGGGCCCCACGGUGAGCCUGCCGCGCCGGCCCUGGACCCUGCUUAACUGGCUCUUCUGGGCCAGUCUGCUGCUCUACCCUCUAGGCCUGCUCGUUGUGCGGGUGGUCGGCGCCGGUUCGUGGGUCACCAUCCUGGGCACGGUGGCACUGUGCAUAGGAGCCUCUGUCGGUGUCCGAUGGAUGAUUGGCCAGACUGAGAUUGAAAAGGGCUCCAGCUACGGCAACAGACUCAUGACUCGACAAUUAGAGGCGCGCCAACAGCCUCAGCCAAAACAAAAUGCCAAGCAGUGUUGAGUUCAGCUGGGGUCCAGAUAUAACUAUGCAGGUACUAAUGUUUGAGCAUCCAGAAGCUGAAAAGAGGUCUGAGCUCUAGCCUUUAAAGUGCCAAGGGAUGGAUUUGUCUUUU